UUCUGAAAGCAACAGACAUGGAUCUUCACGGCGAGAGUUUCUGGGGUUUCCCUCUGGAUAAAAUCAAUGAUCAAGACAUUAAUAGAAAUUUAGAGCUCUUUAACGUUUCUGGACUGCAAUUUCUUCUGUUCUCAGUUUCCUGGGUUCAUUUUAUUCAGUUUCUUCUGUUUGUCUGCUCCCCUCUUCUAGUUUACUCGAAUCAUUGUGUUUUUACAAGGAGUGCUGGUUCUAGCCCUUGAACAGAUUUGUGGAUUUGGGAUGGUGAAGGUGUCUGUGGGAUCGGUUAGGGAUUUUGAUUUGAAUUGUUCUUUGGCUAAUGGUCGUGGGUUUUCUAAUUGGUAAAUGGUCGUGGGUUGGGAGAGACAAUUGGUUUUGGUUCUAACUUCUGAGAAUUUUCGUUUUAUUCCUUUUGUUAUUUGAAUUUAAGAUUUUAUCCUUUGUCAAUUUUAGUAAAGCUUUGGUUUUCCUUGUACAUUGCUGUAUGAAGUAGUGACGGUUGAUUAGUAAAGGUGGACCCUUUUGAAUCUAUAAAGGGUUUCUACCUGGUUCUUCCUGUUUGCUUUUUUCUAUUCCUGGGUCCUUUUCUUUUUAGCUUUUUGCUGAAUUUGGAGUUCUACUGGUAGAGUGGUUUGAAUGGUUGCUUUGAAAGAUUGAAAUUUCACAGUCGGGCCUGAUUUUUUCGAGUUUCUUAGUUUGUGGGUUCAGUUCAUUUUCGUCCCCCACCGCCGCCGCCACCACCACCACCACCAUGGAGUACAGUUGCCAGUUAGAGAAUAAUAUUUGAAGAGAUUUUGAUAUCUUUGAGGAGCUAGAGAUUCUCUCUUCAUUUCUGAAGAUGAGGAGAUUCAAAGGAGAACCUCUUGGUGGGAAGAGAUUUAAGUUGUAUCAUUCUCUGUUGGUUGUAGCGUUAUUGUACUUGCUUUUUAUCUCCCUCAAGUUCCAUCGGGUCUUGGAGUUUGCGAUAGUGUUGAGCGGAGAUGACAGUUUCGUUGGACUGGAUAAAUCUGCAGCAGUCGAGGAAGAUGGGGAUAUAAGCAAGCCCUUCUUUAGUUCAGUUUACAAGGAUACUUUCCACAGGAAAUUGGAAGAUAACCAGUACCAUGAUGCACCUUUAAUGCCUCGGAAGGAGCCAUUUGAAGAGGAAGCAAGUAAGUCCCCAACUAUAAAGCCUCUGCAGCACCACUAUGGUCGGAUCACGGGUGAAAUCAUGAGGCGAAGGAAUAAAACAAUGGAUCUGUCUGUGCUGGAGAGAAUGGCGGAUGAGGCAUGGACAUUGGGUAACAAGGCAUGGAAAGAAAUUGAGAAUUUCAAUUCAGAGGAAGCUGAUCAGAGUUUUCUGAUUGAAGGGAAGCCUGAGUCAUGCCCUUUGUCUGUAUCAAUGACUGGAGUAGAACUUGGGAGUGGGGAGGAACAUGUCAUGUUUCUUCCUUGUGGGCUUGCUGCAGGUUCUUCUAUAACAGUGGUGGGGACGCCUCAUAAUGCUCAUGAGGAGUAUGUGCCUCAGUUGGCAAGGUUGAGAAAUGGAAAUCCUAAGGUCUUGGUUUCACAAUUCAUGGUUGAAUUGCAAGGGCUGAAAGCUGUGGAUGGUGAGGAUCCACCAAAGAUUCUUCAUUUGAAUCCUCGAUUGAAAGGUGACUGGAGCCAUCAGCCAGUGAUUGAACACAAUACAUGCUAUAGGAUGCAAUGGGGAACGGCUCAAAGGUGUGAUGGAUUGCCAUUGAAAAAUGAUGAUGACAUGCUAGUUGAUGGGUUCGGGAGAUGUGAAAGAUGGAUGCGGAAUGAUAUUGUAGAUCCAAAAGAGUCCAAGUCAACCUCAUGGUUCAAACGAUUCAUAGGGCGUGCCCAAAAGCCAGAAAUGAUGUGGCCAUUUCCUUUUGCAGAGGAAAGACUGUUUGUCCUGACACUGCGAGCUGGUGUGGAAGGAUACCAUAUCAAUGUUGGUGGUCGACAUGUGACUUCUUUCCCUUAUCGGACGGGUUUUACUCUUGAAGAUGCAACAGGAUUGGUAAUUAAAGGUGAUGUAGAUGUGCAUGCAGUAUAUGCAACCUCUCUUCCUACCUCACAUCCAAGUUUCUCACUUCAGCGAGUAUUGGAAAUGUCGGAGAAAUGGAAGGCUUCUCCUUUGCCAAAAAGUCCAGUUCAACUUUUUAUUGGGAUUCUCUCUGCUACAAAUCAUUUUGCAGAGCGCAUGGCAGUUAGAAAAACCUGGAUGCAGUUUCCUGAAUUUAAGUCUUCAAAUGUGGUUGCCCGUUUCUUUGUGGCAUUGAAUCCAAGAAAGGAGGUGAAUGCAGCACUAAAGAAAGAAGCAGCUUACUUUGGUGACAUUGUAAUUCUGCCAUUUAUGGAUCGUUAUGAACUCGUGGUUCUUAAAACACUUGCCAUCUGUGAGUAUGGGGUUCACAACUUAAGUGCUGCAUAUAUCAUGAAAUGUGAUGAUGACACCUUUGUUAGGGUGGAUACUGUAUUGAAAGAAAUUAAGGGCAUCUCUCCCAAGAGGUCUCUGUAUAUGGGUAAUCUCAACCUCUUGCACAGGCCCCUCAGAAGUGGAAAAUGGGCAGUCACAUAUGAGGAAUGGCCAGAAGAAAUAUACCCUCCUUAUGCCAACGGACCUGGAUACAUUAUUUCGGUUGACAUUGCCAAAUUUAUCAUUGCUCAACAUGCCAAUCAUAGCCUAAGGCUAUUUAAGAUGGAGGAUGUGAGCAUGGGAAUGUGGGUUGAGCAGUUCAACACUACAAACUUUGUCCAAUACUCCCAUAAUUGGAAGUUUUGUCAAUAUGGGUGUAUGGAAAAUUACUAUACUGCACAUUAUCAGUCCCCAAGGCAGAUGCUCUGUUUAUGGGACAAGUUGGCAAGGGGCCGGGCUCAUUGCUGUAAUUUUAGAUGACAACAUGCAGCUAUUAUUACUGAAGAGGUUUUAGAAACCUUCACUUUAUCCUUCAUUACUUUCCCUCAAAUUUUGCAUGCAAAUCACUUCUUCCGAGCAUUGUAACUUUUCAUGCAAUUUUGGUCUGUUUCUGAGUUUUACCAAUUGAUGAUACAUCAUUUACUUGGAAACAACAAUGUAUUUGGUUGUAAUGGGUUAUGGCUGGAUCCCUGCUUGUGGCCCAAUUGUAUCUGAGGCCAAGUUGUAAAAGUCUGUUAUAUAUGUACUUAGGUUAGGCAGUUCAGAAUUUAAGAUUUUGAUCAUACUGGGCACGAUAUCUUACUAGAAUCACUUAAAAUAUCAUUCUGCUAUUACUUAUACUUUGUAUCGAUUACUGAAGCUUCUCACAUAAGCUAGUGCAGAUCACAUGAAAAGUCUCAGACAGUUUUAAGUCGUCCAUGUUCAGCUCUUAUUGCCUCCAAGUUAAAAGCAAUUGUUCUUGUCUAAUUCCUUAGCCGGUAAGAGCUGAGGCAUGUAUUCUCCAAGUACAACAAUUUGUUUCCCUGUCUGCAGCAUGUGCAAAUAGGAAGCUCUCUUUAAUUGGAAUUUCUCAGUUACAAGCUGGAUUGGUUGACAUUGUUAAAACGUGGGGGUGUGGGACUGUGGAUUCACCGGUCUUCCUGAAGGCUUGGGACCCAAUGGAUUUGCCAUUUGUCAUGUGGACAGUUCCAUCACUCCCUACUUGUCAUAUUCCUGUAUUGUUCUCUUUUAUCAUAAUGUACUUGAAUUUUCAUUUGGUUUGCAGUUUAAAUCUGAACGGAUAUGAAUUUUGCAUCCA